AGCCCUCAAAUGGUCAUACACUCAAACCCUAAACAGUCCCUCACAAAUUCACAAUCUCACACACACAGGUAGUCGCUCGCUUGCUCUCUGGAGUCGCUGCCUCUCUCGCUCAAUCUCUCUCACGUCCUCAACCUCACCAUUGUCGGUCGCCGGUCGCCCAAUCACCCUCCGUCUUCGGGGUCUACUUAUCUCUGCCUCGCCGGAGUCGUCGCUCAUCGAUCUCCCUCCCGUCUCCGGCAACUCUCCGUUUUCUCCUCGGAAAUAUAUCAAUUGGGCCUGGAAUAUAAUCCGGAAUGGGUAGCAAAAGUAAACCACCGCCUCCAUUCCUAAGACACCCUCCCCUAGGGCCAAGCACUGUGCAUCCUGAUCCUUAUGGUCAUUCGAUUCGGCCCCCACCUGGUGGUUUCCCUCCAUUUGAGAUGCUUCCUCAUCCCGAGAUUAUGGAGCAAAAGCUUGCCACACAACAUGCAGAGAUGCAAAAACUUGCAAAAGAAAACCAUAGGCUUGCCGCCACCCAUGGAACGUUGAGGCAAGAGCUUGCUGCUGCAAAACAUGAGCUGCAACUAUUGCACACUCACAUAGGGGCUAUGAAAUCUGAGAAGGAACAACAGACAACGGUCCUCAAGGAUAAAAUUGCUAGGAUGGAGGCUGAAUUAAAAGCUGCAGAUCCUCUUAAAGCAGAAUUGCAGAAGGCACGGGGCGAAGCUCAGAAUCUGGUUACUGAAAGGCAGGAACUUAUUUUGAAAGUGCAGCAGCUGAAUCAAGAUCUUCAGAGGACUCACUCUAACACACAACAGAUUCCUCUUUUGUUAUCUGAGCUGGAAGCAUUGAGACAGGAGUACAGCCAUUGCAGGGCAACCUAUGAGUAUGAUAGGAAAUUUUACCAUGAUCACAUUGAAUCUCUUAAGGUGAUGGAAAAGAACUACAUGACCAUGGCGAGUGAAGUGGAAAAGCUUCGGGCAGAAUUAAAUAAUACGGCUAAUUUAGACAGAACUGUUCUGUGUAAUACAAAUGCAGGUGCAACGUAUAGUAAUUCUAUGGGACAUAAUGAGAGUGAUGCUGCUACUCAUUAUCCUGUUGCACAAAAUAUUUAUGGAGAUGGCUAUGGUGUUGCUCAGCAGGGACGUGGCCCUCUUCCACCUAUGGGAAAUGUUAGUGGAGUUGCUGCUCCUAUCGGUAAUUCUCCAAAUUUUGGAGCUCACCCUGGGCCUACUUCUGCAAAACCCACUCAUGAUGCUUCAAAAAUGCCCAAUUAUGAUGCACAAAUUGGAAGGGCAGGACCUGGCUAUGAUGCACAAAGGGUGGCAAAUGCACCUGCUUAUGAUGCACAAAGGGGCGCAAGUGGACAUGGUUACAAUCCACAGAGUGGACCAACGGGAGCCAGUUAUGAUGCACAUAGGGGGCCUGGGUACGAUCUUCAGAGGAUUCCUGGUUAUGAUACUCAUACAGGCCCUGGAUAUGACGGAUACAGGUCACUUGGUUAUGAUGCAAACCGAGGUUCUGGGUAUGAUUUACCAAGUGGAGCCAAUUAUGAUGCCACAAUGGUCUCUGGCCAUGACACAACUGGGAAAGGAGGUGUUGGGGCUCAAGGUCAACUUGGACUUCCAAGAAAUCCAGCUUAUGGGUCUGCAACACCAUCUGGUCAUACUGGAACGGGGUAUGAUGGAGCAGCACGUGGGGGGAACCCUGUUCGUAGAUAAGCUUCGAAUGGAUUUUCAUCUCCAUUGCAUUUGACACUUCUUGGAGAAUCAGCACCUCCCUCUGACAUCUAUUCUCGUUAUUCUUCACCAUCAAAAUGGUGAUCACGUGAUAUAUGAAAGUUCAUCCUCAAGUGAGCCCUAUCUUUCAAUGCACAGCGGCUGGGGCCGAAGAUUUUGGGAGUAAAACCGAAGCUUUCACAAGCGACUGAUUUUUGUUCUCUUUGUAAGUGAGAUAAAAGGCCUAUUGUGGGGGCUCUUUAGAUUGAACUGCUAUCUAAAGCCAGGUGUAUUCCCCCAUAUUUUCUACUAAACAAAUGCUGAGUAGAAUCAUAGGAUGGAUAUAUCUCUUUCUGUUGAUAGAACUGUGUAGAAAAUAUUGUCAAGCUAGCACAUGAUAUUCAUCUCCUAUGGUUGAACAUUUUUCUUGUGGUGUAUAUUGUGCUUAGCUUUCUCACAGGUGAAGUGAAAAUGGCCUUCAAAUUUGAUCAAAUUUAGGAGGUGAUCCUAGUCGAUAAACCAACUUGUUUAGGGUUGUUUCUACAUUAUUUUUCUUCUAAAGCAUUUUCGAUUGUAAAAGUAGAGUUAAUUGUAGCGGA